UAAUAAUAAUAGCUGUGCUAUAUUUUUGUUAAUAUUAUUAAUGGUGAAUUGUUCAAGUACAUCAUGCUUGGCCCAAAACGACACUAUUCCAGUGGAAGUUGGUGUCGUUUUUGACCUGGAAACUUGGCUUGGUAAGGUUUGGUUAAGUUGUAUUGAAUUGGGUCUCUCAGAUUUUUAUGGCUCUCAUCCCAAUUUUAAAACAAGAUUGAUUCUCAAUAUUAGAGACUCUAAAGAAGAUGUCGUCACUGCAGCUUCCCAAGCUUUGGAUCUUAUACAAAACGUACAAGUUCGAGCAAUACUAGGACCACACAAAUCGACUCAAGCCAAAUUCAUUAUUGAUUUGGGACAAAAAGCUCAAGUGCCAAUAAUAUCAUUUUCAGCAACAAGUCCUUCUCUUAAAAUUUCAAAUCAAAGCACAUAUUUUUUCCGAACGGCGACUGGUGACUCAUCUCAAGUCUUAGCGAUUAGUUCCAUAGUCAAAGCUUUCAGAUGGCGAAAAGUUGUGCCCAUUUACAUUGACAACGAAUAUGGAGAAGGAAUUAUUCCUUAUUUGGUUGAUGCCUUAGGAGAAGUGAACACGGAAGUCCCUUAUCGUAGCGCCAUUCCACCCUCGGCCACUGAUGAUCAAAUUAAGGCCGAACUUUACAAACUCAACACAAUGCAAACUAGGGUUUUUGUUGUUCACACGUCGUCUGACCUAGGGAUAAGGUUGUUCACCAUAGCUAAUAAGAUUGGAAUGUUGGGACAAGGCUAUGUUUGGAUCAUAACACAAGAUUUCGCCAAUCGUUUAAACUCCUUAAAUUCCUCGAUCAUCGACUCAAUGGAAGGGGUUUUAGGAAUCAAGACUUUUGUACCACAAUCAAAAGAGCUUGAUAGUUUUAAAGUUAGGUGGAAAGCCAAUUACUUCUACAAAAAUAUUGAUCAAAUUGGCAAAAAUCCCACUUUUUUCGAUGCCAAACUCAACGUCAUGGGUUUUUGGGCUUAUGAUUCGGUCCAUGCAUUAGCCUUAGCUGUCGAGAAACUUAUUAGUACAAGUGGUGGUGUCAUUAAUACAACGACGUUAAAUAGUGUCGCAAAUACUAGUGGCUCAACUAAUCUCGAUAGUUUUAAUGUGUCACCAAUCGGUCCGAAAUUAUUGGAAACCUUAUCAAGUACAAGAUUUAAAGGCCUAGCUGGAGAUUUCAUCUUAGAUAAUGGGCAACUAAAAACACCAAUUUUUGAAAUAGUGAAUAUUGUGAAUGGUGGUAAAGGAAGAAUUGGGUAUUGGACACAAAAUAAUGGGCUAGUAAGAAAUUUGGCAGAUUUGAGUGUUGAAUAUUCAACUUCAAAAUCAAGUCUAAAACCUAUUUUAUGGCCGGGAGAGUCUACUAAUUCUCCCAAAGGUUAUUGGGAGAAUCCAACUAAUGAGAAGAGGUUGAGGAUUGGGAUUCCAAACAGUAGUGUUUAUAGAGAGUUUGUAAAUGUGAUAAAUUGUGAUGCAAACACUAGCAUUUUGUCAUCAUCAGAUGUCAUAGGAUUUAGCAUCGAUGUAUUUAAAGCGUCAGUUAGAGCGUUACCAUAUGCUCUUAAUUAUGAUUUUUAUGUCAAUCGUGAUGGUUCGUAUGAUGACUUGAUUUAUCAAGUAUAUCUUGGGAAGUAUGAUGCGGUGGUAGCAGACGUGACAAUUAGAGCAAAUCGAUCCCAAUAUGUAUAUUUCACAUUGCCAUACACAGAAUCAGGUGUGGCAAUGGUGGUGCCGGUGAAGGACAACAUGACUAAAAGUGCUUGGGUUUUCUUGAAGCCUUUAACGUGGGAUUUAUGGGUAACCACCUUUUGUUUCUUUCUCUUCAUUGGUUUUGUCGUUUGGGUUUUAGAACACCGAAUCAAUGAAGAUUUUCGCGGACCACCGUCUCAUCAAAUCGGUACAAGCUUUUGGUUCUCCUUUUCCACUAUAGUUUUUGCACAUAAGGAGAGAGUAGUGAGUAACUUGGCUCGAUUCGUGGUGAUUGUUUGGGCGUUCGUUCUGUUAAUAUUGACUCAAAGUUACGCAGCUAGUUUAACAUCACUUUUAACAGUGGAACAACUCGAACCAACAAUUAAAGACAUUAACCAAAUAUUAAAGAGUGGAGAAAGAGUUGGGUGUUUGGGAUACUCUUUCGUGUAUGAGUUGUUGAAACAAAGAGGUUUUGCCAAUUCACAGAUUGUAUUGCUUAAUUCCACUCAACAAUGUGACCAUUUUUUAUCAAUUGGGAGUGCAAAAGGUGGUAUUGCUGCAUAUGUGGAUGAAACCCCUAAUACUAAGAUUUUUCUUGCUCAAUAUUGCUCCAAGUAUACAUUGAUAGGGCCGAUAUUCAAGACUGCUGGCUACGGCUUUGCUUUUCGAAAUGGGUCUCCUUUAGCACAUGAUAUUUCAAAGGCAAUUCUCAACGUGACUGAAGGAGACGAAAUGAAAAAGAUCGAGAACAAAUGGUUCAUGACUACUGAACAAAAUACUUGUUUAAACUCUGACCCCAAAAUCUCAUCCAACAGUCUAAGUCUCGACAACUUCUGGGGCCUAUUUCUAAUAGCCGGAGUUUCUUCACUAUCAACACUCAUAAUCUUUGCUAUUAUGUUCCUUCAAAAACACAAGCAAAUCUGGUCGAAUUCCCAUAGUUCUAUUCCAAGAAGAAUUGGAGCCAUUUUUAAAAUUUUUGACCAAAAAGACCUCAACUUCCACACCUUUAAAAAGAGAAGUAAUAAUCAAUUUUAUGGUGGAUAUGGUACAGAUUUUGUGGAGUUUUCAGCUAAUAAUACCAACUGUCCUCCAAGUCCAUCAACUAGUAAUUCUACAGGCUCAAAUUCACCAAUGCCAAUGGGAGAACAAUUAGGAACAAUACUAAUUUCUAGUGCUCAAGCCUCUCCACCCAAUCAUGAUGGCCAUAUUGUUCAAAUUAGUACUACUCACAACUAAUUAUUUCUUUUAUGGGAGAUUCAAACUUGCCACAUUAAAUUUGUGAAGAAAAUUGUAAAACCACAUUAUUUUUUAAUGUAUAUAUUAUUAUUUGUUUAGU